AUGAUGUUCGAGCAUGUACUUUUUUUGAGUGUCUAUUUAUUCUCUAUCGGUAUCUAUGGAUUGAUCACAAGUCGAAAGAUGGUUAGAGCACUUAUGUGUCUUGAGCUUAUACUCAAUUCGGUUAAUAUCAAUCUCGUAACAUUUUCUGAUAUAUUUGAUAGUCGCCAAUUAAAAGGCGACAUUUUCUCAAUCUUUGUUAUAGCUGUUGCGGCUGCUGAAGCGGCUAUUGGGCUAGCUAUUGUUUCAUCAAUCCAUCGUAACAGAAAAUCAACUCGUAUCAAUCAAUCGAAUUUGUUGAAUAAUUAG